UUCAGGUCUACAUUCCUCCUCCUUCUUUACUCUUUCCUGAAGGAACCUAAUCAUAACUAAUCCCAUUAUCUUAGCUUCAGUAUGGCUAAUCCUACCAUUCCUCCAAGUAUCUGUCCUCCAGCCACGUCUACAAUCUCUGGGAUGAGUGCCUACGCCUGAACAGCUAAGACGUGUGUUUUGAGCUGCAGGAUGUUUAGUUGGGUGGUGAAAGUUGUUCCUCAACCCCCAGAGAAGUCUGCAAAGCUAGAAGAGGAAGGCAAAGCCAAUACACCCCAAACAUCAGAACAAAAACCAGCAGUUAAAGAGCAGGAGGUGAAAAAAGCAGACAAUCCUGCUAAGCCAAAAGAGGAUGAAGUCUCGGCAGAAAACAGUGCUCAGGGUGGUGUAUUGAGCUGGAUCUCUCAGGGUUUGACCAGUGCCCUCCCCCAGCCUGCAGCUACACCUAAACCGGAGAGGGCAGACAGUGAUGCCAAGCAACAGGAGGAAAACAGCAACGGUAAAGCGAAUGAAGAGACAGGGGUGAUAAACUGGAUUGUGCAGGGAUUAGGCAAAGUGGUUCCACAACCUGAUGACAAGCACAAACAGCAGACAGAAUCCCAGGAAGUCACUGAGGUUCCCAAAGUGGUGCCAGAGGUAAAGGUGGAGCACGCUGAAAUUAAAGAGGUUAAAGUGGUUAAAGUGGAGCCUGAGCCUCCACCUCCAGUCCCUGCGGUGGAGGUGGUUCCUGAUGCAGAAUCUGAAGGAGACAAGAACUUAACUCCCAGGGUGAUGGAUUGGAUAAAGCAAAGUUUUGAGAAGGUGGUUCCACAGCCAGGACACUCUCCAUCUAUUACAGACACUGCAGAUAAAAAGGAACCUGUUACAGAUCCCGCACCUCAGCCUCCAAAGGCACCUGAACCCUCAGCAGCUGAGGACGCAACUAAGGGAACCAAUGUGGAGGAAGAAUCCAACGUGGUUGGCUGGAUUGUGCAGGGACUCGGUCGCAUUAUGCCACAGCCUGUUCUGAAACCAAAAGAGGACUCUUCGGAUACAGUUCAGAGCAUCUGCAUCCUGCAGGAGGACUUUGUACAGGAUGACAACCUGGUGCUGGAGGAGAACCUGGUGCUGGAGGAGAACCUGGUGCUGGAGGAGAACCUGGUAGUGGAGGAGAAUCUGGUGCUGGAGAGGGACAUGGUGCUGGAGGAGGUGGACUCAGACUUGGAGCAGCAGCAGGUGGAGCAAGGCUGUUUGCUCGAUGCUGAGCUGGAGAAACAGACCGAAGCUCAGAUGGAGGAUCAGAUUCGCCCCCUGCUGGAUGUCGUACACAACACCGCACCUAAUAUCUUGGUCACACAGCAGGAGGAUGCUGAGACACAAACAGAGCGCUGGACUCCUCUAAUAGAGAACAUUAGACGCGAGGCUGAGGAAGCCGCCUUGGUCUCCAUGCAAGAGAGGCUGGAGCGUGAGCGUCUGGAGGCGGCGAGGAUGGCGGAGGAGUUGGCACGCCAGGCUGCUGAACUGGCAGUGAGACAGCUGGAGGAGGAACACACUGUAAUCAGAGUCACAGAGCCAGAACGUCAGUCUGAACCAGACAACGGAGAGCAACUCUCCAACAUCCAAGAGGAAGAGAAUGAAGAUGAACCAGAGUGUCUGGUGGAUGUGUGCCCUGUUGAGGAGCUUGAAACACACAAAACUGAGAUUACACAGCAGAUUCCACAAAAGGAGGAGUCACCAGAGCCACUUCCUCAAAAGGAAUCUACUCCUGCAAGUCAACCUGAGAUGGGACACACCCCACCACUAGAGCCAGCUGUCCAGCCAGAACCUGAUGGAGAAGAUCAUGCAAGAGCAAAGAGCCCUUCACCUGUAGGGUAUUCAGUUGUUACAAGCCCUUCACCUGUAGUGUCUCCAGUUGUAACCACUCAGCCUGAAACAGCUGCUUCAGGUCCCUCUCCUCCAGUGGUUAUACAGGUAAUAAAACAAAUCACGCCAGAAAUGAGAGAGUGCUGUUUGAUCACUAGGGAUUGCUAUUCUGAAAGUAAGGAUUUCUAUUUUAAGGACUACUAUUCUGCCAAAUCAACUAGGGAUUGCAAGCGCUGGAUACUGUGCUUUCCUCACGCUUCUCAGUACCUCAGUAACUUCAACCACCUGCUGAAGAAAAGCAACUUUACCCCUCUCAAAUUGCCCUCCCUGCCGCAAGACCUGCUCCCACUGUACCAGGAGCUCUCGCAAAUCCCCAAACAGAUGGACAAGAUUGUCAAUAUUCAUUCAGAUCCUCGAUCUGGAGAUUUGGCUAUUGUUACCUCUUGGAUUUUUGACCACAGAGAUGCAAAGUGCCAGAGAGCACCUGUUUCUGAAAUGUUCUUUGAUGCAAUCUCAGAAUGUCCUCAUGUGAAUGUAGAGGAAGUCGAUGAUGGAUCCAUUCCUACUGUACCUCAAAUUGUUGAACCCCAGGAGUCGAACGGUGUCACCCUCACUGUUCCUGUUCCUGUGAUGGCCACCCAGAGGAGUGUUCCCCAACCAGAUGAACAAGUUGAAGAGAGUGAAAAGGAGAAAGAGGAAGAUCUGACCCCCCAGCGUGGCCUCCUCACUGUGGAGGAAGACGAUUCUGAGCGUCCUCUCUCUUCGGCCAGUCAGACAAGUGUUGUGGUUAACGAACGUCUGCAGGAGCUAAUCAAGCUGUUUAAGGAACGAACAGAACGAACUAAAGAGAGGCUGACUGACCCAGAUGAGUCUGAAGAAGAGAGUCCCUCAGCAACACCUACCAAAAAGGCUGCUGCUCCUCCGCCUCCUCCACCUCCUCCCCCUGAGGAGAAGAAAGAUGUUCCGUCUGGAGAUGAGAGUGAAGAAGAGCAGUUCCUGGAGUUCAUGGGCUACCAAGUCAAAGUGCCCAAGGUGCCCCCGAUGCCAGACUGGCUGAAAGCCAUCGUGGAGUAUCGUUUUCCUUCCAGCAUCGACCCUUACACUGAUAUGAUCUACGUGGUGUGGCUGUUUUUCGUGAUGUGUGCGUGGAACUAUAACGUGUGGCUGAUCCCGGUGCGUUGGGCUUUCCCGUAUCAAACUUCAGAGAACAUCCACCUGUGGCUGCUAGCUGACUACUUAUGUGACACCAUCUACAUCCUGGACAUUGUGGUCUUCCAGCCCAGGCUACAGUUCGUCCGCGGGGGAGAUAUAGUGUGUGAUAAAAAGGAUAUGAGAGAAAAUUACAUGAAAACAGAACGAUUUAAGAUGGACAUGAUCAGUCUUUUGCCCCUGGACGUUCUGUACUAUUUCACAGGCGUUAAAUCCAUUCUGCGCUUCCCACGUAUUUUAAAGUACAUGGCAUUCUUUGAAUUUAAUGAUCGUCUGGAGGCAGUGAUGAAAAAAGCCUACAUUUACAGAGUGAUCCGGACCACCGCAUACUUGCUCUACUCACUGCACUGCAACGCCUGUCUGUUCUACUGGGGCUCUGAUUAUGAAGGCCUCGGCUCCACGAAGUGGGUCUAUGAUGGCAGAGGCAACAGUUAUAUCCGCUGCUACUACUUUGCCGUAAAAACUCUGAUCACUAUCGGAGGUCUCCCAGAUCCCACGACAGUUUUUGAAAUCGUCUUUCAGCUGGUCAAUUACUUUGUGGGUGUGUUCGCUUUCUCGAUUAUGAUUGGUCAGAUGAGAGAUGUUGUAGGAGCAGCUACUGCAGGUCCGGCGUACUACAGGUCAUGUGUGGACAGCACAGUAAAGUACAUGACCGCCUAUGGCAUCCCACGUGAGGUUCAGAACAGAGUCAAGACUUGGUAUGACUAUACCUGGCAAUCACAAGGCAUGCUGGAUGAACAGGAGUUGCUCAUACAGCUGCCUGAUAAGAUGCGUCUGGACAUCGCUGUGGAUGUGAACUACAUCAUUGUCAGCAAAGUGGCCCUCUUCCAAGGUUGUGACAGACAGAUGAUAUUUGACAUGUUGAAGAGACUGAAGUCUGUGGUCUACCUCCCAGGAGACUAUGUGUGUAAGAAGGGUGAGAUUGGCAGGGAGAUGUACAUCAUCAAAGCUGGAGAGGUGCAGGUGGUUGGAGGCCCCGAUGGUAAAACUGUGUUCGUGACUUUGAGGGCUGGAUCUGUGUUUGGGGAAAUCAGCUUGCUGGCUGUGGGUGGAGGGAACAGGCGCACAGCUAAUGUGGUGGCACACGGCUUUGCUAAUCUCUUCAUCCUGGAUAAGAAGGACCUCUCUGAGAUCAUGGUGCACUACCCCGAGUCCCAGAAAAUACUGCGCAAGAAGGCCAAGAAGUUGCUAACGAAGGAUAAGAAGCCUCCGGAAGAGAAGGGUUCGGGUAAGGAAUCUGGUCAGGUGAUCCCAACACGUCCAGAGACUCCCAAACUGUUUAAGGCUGCUCUGGUGGUGGGCAAAGGAGAAACGUUCGCCAAACUGAAGGAGACCUACAAAGAGACUGGAGCCACACUACAGCCUGCUGGCAGCACAGCAGCACCCGUGCCCCCUCCCUCACCCGUUCACCGUCGCUCACCCAUCCAGCGCACAGUCACACAGGAUGAUGAUGAUGACAUGGUGGCACAGACCACGGACAGCACGGUGGUCAUCCGUAUGACCCCACACCAACAUGGAGAGGAGAUCCUAAGCGUUGAAAUGGCGGAGGAAGAAGAUGGAAAGGCUGAGAAGACAGAGCAAGAGGAGAAGAAAGAAGAAUAGAAGUUGCAAGAAAGGAGAAGUUAGGACAUGAGGCUGGAAAAUGAUCUGUUAUUAUCAUGCUUUUACUAUUAUGGGGAACUAUUCUAACUGAAUCCAAACCAAAGCAGUGUGUGCUAUUUAAUUACAAUUUGUGAUGCUUUUCUGCUUUAAAAUUAGACGAGCUUCAAAGGAAGGAGGCAUGAGUGUGUGAGUGAGUGUGUUAUAGAAGCUGAUUACUUUUUCCUACAAAAUACACUGCUCUGAUUUCAGGAAUGCGGCUUUGCCUGCAUUUAAACUGCCACUCUGUCUUCCAUUAAAGCCCUAGCUGUAUGUAAGCAAAUACACUGACAUACCUGCAUAUGAAUACACACAUUUUCUGACCUUUACAGCAAAGCGACAUAGAUGUCAUAGUUUUUUAAUUGUCUUCAUUGUAAUAUGACAAAUUGUUAGUGUAUUUAUGGCAGGUAUGCUACUCCAGCACAGACAGGAAGGUUACUGGAAGGUCAGUGUCUUUUAGCUUGGUACCAUUUUUUUAGUUCUGCCUAUCAGAUAAAUCAUAUAUACUAAAGUAAAUUGCAAGAUUUACACAUAACACAUUAUCUUAAUAGGGUCUUUUAUUUUGGUGGGUAAAACUCAUGACUCAGAAUUUCUGACCUCCAACUAGGAAAAACUAAAAACCCAACAAAACUAGAAAUUCCUACUCAUAAACUUGAUGGUGUCCUCAACCCUGAGUUCAGCAAGUGACAUCAAAUCAACAUGGCUGCUCACAGCAUCUACAGUAAACAAAGUAGCAUUUCUUUAAAUAAAUUAUGCUGUAUAUACAAGUAUUUUUUUUUAGAUCAAUCAACAUGCCGACAUAUUCACUUGUACUUUAUAACACUGACUAUACAGUUCACUAUUUUGAAGAGGAAAUUAUACAUCACUCAUCACAGUUAGCUGGCUAGCUUGUUGCUAACAAAAGACAGACAUGGAGUUAUCCAUGUUUCUUUUCAUCUUUGUAGAUUGAAAGCAAAGAGUUUGAAAGUAAUUCCGAGUUCUGUGUUCCCUCAUCCAAGGUAAGUCAAAUACAGCCUAAGUUGCACUAAAAUCUGCAAAAUUGUCUCCUGUCUCAAGAGAAAAAAGAUAUCAAGCUCCUCACUGGCUAACAUUAGGAUAUUCUAUACAAAAGACCAAGGCAAAAUUACAAAAUAAAAUACACUGUGUCCCAAAAGUCUCCAUAAAUAGGAGACUAUGUUUGCCAGCACCAUGUUGGUUGUGCCUUCGUCAGAGGAUGUUCGUGGACGUCCACUCCUCGGUUGGUCUGCAACACUUCCAGUCUUUUUGAAUUUGUUAAUAAGUUUGGCAACAGUGUCGUGUGUGAUGUAUGUGCCAUGUUUCCUGUUAAAUUCCAUUGCAACCUUUCGACAGCUUCCUGAUCCAGCCAUGAGAAUGAUUUCAAUAUGCUCUUCUUUUGUCAAAGGCAUUCUUAAAGAUUAUCUGAAUAUAAAUAUAUGAAACAUUUUGGAAGACCUUUUGCUAAAAUGUGUUUCCUAUGUAUGGAGACUUUUGGGAUACCCUGGUUAAACUAGUUGGGGGUUUUUGAAAGAGUCUCAGAAGUUUUAGAGGCAAUACAAAUUGUGCAUCAUUUGAAAAUCCUGGGAUAUUAAUGGAACAAUCAUUUUGUCUCUAAGCAGACAGAAUUUGGAAGGAAGGGGGCUGCAGGUAGAGCCAGCACAAUUGUAACCUUUUUUGAGUCAAAUUACUCAAUGUUGAUUUCAAUUACAGAUACUUCCUACAUAACACAAUGCAUAUGAUACGUGUUUUAUCAAGUGCAAGUUUCCCUAUAUCAUCACCAAGCACUAUACAUUUUCAGGGAAAGAUUUCCUUUUUUUGUUUGGUUUUUUUUUUUCUUUUUUUUAUAUAUAGAACCUUUGAUUACUAUGGUAUGAUAUAGUUUUACUAUGGUUUAACCAUAAUUCUAUUAACAUACACGCAAACAACAUCUUUAUGGUCUCUGCAUCAUUUGUGAAACAGUCUGAGACACUGUACAAUUACACAAGAUGCUGUACAAUUAUUACCACAGGGUGCACCCAUGCUUUCUCACAAUCUUGCAGGAGCAGCAUGAGCAAGCUGUGCUAAUAGUUAGUGUAGAGCUCUACAUGUGCACAGCUGCACAGGUUUCAGUAUUUGAACAUGUAAGGACAAAAAUAAUAAUGUUGGAAAAACAAACGUGUUGCAAUUGUGUUAAAAAUGUGCUGGCUCUCACCUACUCUGUAGAAAAUUCUUUUUUCUGUAAAAUACAAUGUGAGGUCUUGUUAGACAUUUUAUAUAUCAUGAACAGGAAAAGGAAGCAUUAAAAAGUAACACUGCCCCAUUAAGGGGGGUUUAAUUUACAUGCUAGUAACAUUAACCUGCCACAAAUAAUAGGUGUACUCUGAUUGAUUUUUGUAAGUUGCACUGAAAUCGAGCAAUUGCAGGAAUGUUGUAUGCACAAAAUAAAAAUACUACAGCUGUGA